AUGCACUGGCUAUUUCAAGCCGUUGUAAGCGCAUCAACCCUCCAUUUAGCAGCGGGGGUACCGGCACCACCCAAGCCAGAAUCAAUUGAGGUAAUCGAACUACCUUUGCCUCCCGUGGUACCAACAAAUGAUACAGGUGCAUGCGAUACUUCCAUAAAUCCUCGACAUACUGGAUGUAUUGGGAGAACAUCAGACUUCUUUCAAGCAGGUGAUUUCGCACCUGAUGGAAAUCAUAUUGCUGCCACUGUGGAAUUCAUCGGUGCUCCCGUCGCACCACACCCGGCUAGCAUAUUUACUGGGAAACAACUCAUUUUGAUCAAAACAAACGGGGAUAGGUUUAGCACGGGCGACCCCUGGAAAUGCUUGAGCUGCGGUGUACCAUCGAGAAAUGCACGCUCCCUCGACAACGCCAGGGAUUAUCCACACAUUGCCAGAAAUGGCCAACAGGCUCUUUGGGGACACAAUAUCUUGGAUUGUGGAGAUAUACCACUCGUCAGUGAGCGAUGUACACCGGAUAAAGUGCACAUAUACCCCAUAUAUUGGCCAACUGGCGCCAACAGCUCCGGGAUUCCACGAGAGAUGCGCAUGCACCCUGACGAUAAACAUAUGGGAUGGAGUGCAUUUACGAGUGGGGGCCAAAAUGCAUACUAUGGCCAACUAAAAUUCAAUCAAAGCCCAGAAAAUGGCACACUUCGGGUUCCACGAUACGACUUAGUUGGCGUAAAUCUUCUCGCUAAACCCAAUGGCACAGCACCCAUCAUGGCUCAGGGAUCGGAGCUGAAGAUAUACGAGCAGGCUGUACAUGUUGGUGAGCUACGAGGAUUCAGUGGCGCUGGAGAUGAGAUUCUUUACAUCGGGCCAACCCGUGAAGCAAACAACAUCGACCUUUUUGCUGUUCAUAUCAUUACUGGUGUAGUCCGCCGUCUCACCAGCCACCCCGAAUAUGCUGAUCCAAUCGCCUUUUCUCGCGACAAUCAGUGGUUUGUGACAAUGGAUACUCGAGGAUCAAAUCGUCAAAUGUGGAUGUCGGGAAUGCGACAUAUUCCUCCUCUUGUGGAUCUUGUCACAGUCACAGCUGCUGCGUCUACUCGCAAUAACGGGGCACGUCGAUUCUUUCAACCGAUCCUCAUCGACAGAUAUGGUGAUCGCGGUGACUAUUUUGGUCAACAUGUCAACUAUGCGGGCAAUGGAACAGGCGGUAGUGCCAACGAUCCCAACUGGAAUGGAAAGGCCGAUCCAGCAUUUUCUCCAGAUGGCACCCAUAUUGUCUACUGGCAGAGCUUGGUUAUUCCACCUGCAUGUGGAGGAAGCAACCCAUUGCGGUGUCCAGUCUCUACUGCCCAAGGGGGUCGGACUUAUCGAGUCAUGCUAGCUCAUUUAGCGACUCGCAAGCCCAUCGCCCCGGUCCCCGUUUUCGACGCUCCAGAUACGAUUCCAUGGGCUACACAAUUCCUGCCGGGAGCCAGACUUCCCAGCGUUUACUCUUUGCCCCCUGGGAGCUACACUCUCCUUGGGAAACAUAGUGGAAUUGCAAAAACGAGGAUAGUCAAGGAUCUUUUGCUUGACAUGAUCAAAAUGGUCUCGGUCGAGUAUAGCAACUUUUCAGAUGAUGGAAAGCACUAUCUCCACGGUCACGAAGCUGUGACCUUGGAGCUUUCGGCUUCUGAUCCCUGGUUAAACCAUAUUGAUUGGUAUUCUGACAUUUUGCAAACUGGUGCUACUAACGCUUCGAAGAAGACUAGCCCCGAUGGCUUCCAUCUCACAAUAAAUGCCCUAGAAAAUAUCUUCGAGGCUAAUGGGACAUUGACUACUAUUGUGAAUGGAGUUGUAUAUAAGCAGCCACUAAAUGGAGCAUAG